CCCACACCAUAGAUUUUCCAUAAAUUGAGAUAUCAUAAGUUUAAAAAGUUGUGAAGCGUUUCAUUUGUUUUACCUUCGGCUGACGCCGCAUUGUUCAAAUUAAACGUUUUUGUAAGUAAUGUGACAUUAUAAAGAUAAAUUUAAUAAAAAUAUGCAAAAUUCAUUGUAUAUGUUUCAAGAAAAAAAAUAAAAAUAAGACCAUGGUUAUCAAAUAUAAAAAUCUUCCCAAAGUCUCGGUGGCGGAGCAUGCGCAAUGCACAGCACGAAUCGGUGGAAGCGAGUGCACGCGAGUCCGCCGCGGAAGUUCGUCGAGGCUCGCCGUCUCGUCACCCGCCCAUAGCCGUCGUGAAGCGCACUCAACGCACGGAGCCCCCCCAACGCACAAGAAACGGUGGGCGCCACCAGGAGUGCGCGCUGCCCACACCAGUCGCAUCGCGCCCGUGCCGCCGCCGCUCGUGGUGUGUCCCGCGCCGGUCUUCGCCGCACCGUUUACUGGCCUGAGCGUCGUAGAAGUUUCGUCGAGCCCAACCCGCGACGCCGCGUGUGAGGCGGCCGCCAACGCGCACGACGUGAUCGACCUCGGCGCGCCGCGACGCCUGCGCCGCGCCCCACCCGAGCCGCUUCGAGUCACGCCAAGGCACACUGCGCCCGCCACCUACAUACCCAACCCACGGCUAUACCCCGGUAAUAAACCUAAGAUUAAACCGAAGAAAGCGACAGACAAUAACGAGCAUCGCGCCGAGUACAGACCUCGUGAACUCCGCAGUCGCCGCAGUAAGCGCGUGUUCCGGCGGCCUGUGCCGAACGCGCGGCUGUACCGGCCGGCGGCACCACGUGCGCCCGCGCCCCCACCUGCGAGCCCACUCCGCGCUUGGCCCCCGCCUGGCCAGCCCGCCCGCUCGUUGGAUACCGCGUCGCAUGUCGCGUUAACAUUCGCGGAGCAGCGACGGCCCGUCCGUGUGCCGGAGCGGCCCCCACUGACGUCAGCGCCGACAGUUAAAGCUCGGCGAAGUUCGCCCGAAAAGGUUUGCAGUCAGCCACGGUCACCACAAAGGUCGCGGCGACUCGUGGUCACGUUACCAGCCGCAGCGGCAGGCGACGGGCCGUCGCGCUACCAUCCCACCAGCGAGCACUUCAAGCUCCGCGAGCUGGACGCGACGUCGCGCGUGUCCACGCCGCCGGCGGCGCGGCCCCGCUCGCCGGCCACGUCCUCCACCAUGGAUGCGGCCAACCGCCACUCCACGAGUCCCGAGGAUUGUUCCGAUGGCAACGAAACUCUAUCUGCGCCUAGUGAAUUUCUCGCAGAGUUCUUGUCGGCAAUAAUGGGCCGUCAAUAUGCGGAGGCACUUAAGUACUGUCGGCUGAUCCUGCAGUACGAGCCGCACAACGCGACUGCGCGCGGUUUCUACCCGCUGCUGCAGCACAAGGUGCUCACACACGCCGAGCCCGGGCGCGAGGAGUGUCCGCGCGACAGCUCGAGCGAGUCGGCGCGCAGCGGGCGCGGGCGGCGCGCCUCGCGCGAGCCCCGCGCGCCCACACACCCGCCACCACCCAAUAAGGAGGUGAUGGAGCAGGAGGCGGACGAGUCGGCGUCGGAGGUGUUCUCGCGGUCGCGGUCUCACUCGUCGGGCUCGUGCGGGUCGCAGUCCUCGCUGGAGCUGGACUCGUCGGAGCCGCUGCAGCACUCCACCGGCUCGCACAGCCUCUCCAUCAGCCGACGGACAGAUCACACGGAAAGCGGUGCGUCGGGCGGUUCUGGCGGCUCCGGUGCAUCCGGAGGUUCCGGGGCGUCCGGUGCGUCCGGAGCGCGCUGCUCCAGCGCCGCCACCGACGACGACAACGGAAACGCGCCGCCCUCCGCCUCCGCCGCCGCAUCACUGCGACCAGGAGACGUGGAGAACGACAACGCGGCCACGUCCGGGGAGCCUCAUCAUCACUUGAAGCGCGAGUCGUCGUCGCUGCGGCGGCUGCGCGCGCAGUUCGCGUGCUCCAUCAAGUGAGGCGGCGCGCUGCACUCCGCCGUUGCGUCGCCGUCACGUCGCCGUCACGUCGCCGUCACGUACCUACUCUCGUCCGUUUGUCGUCAUUACACGUGUUACGUUCGC